AUGGAAUUUAGACCACUUGUUAUUGACCAAGGAACAGGAAUGACAAAGGUUGGAUUUGCAGGUGAUGAUAUGCCACUAUUGUUGCUGCCAACGGUAAUGGCACCUGAUGAGCUUCAUUCCGAUCCUCAUCACAGCAAGUUUAAUUUCAAUGAAAAAAGGGACAUGAGAAUGUUGAGCAGUCUUCAUUUUCCAAUGGAGAGAGGUGUUGUGGAUGAUUGGGAUAUGAUGGAAAGAAUUUAUGAGUCUAUUUAUGUGAAUCAGAAAAUUAAUACAGCCCCAGAAAACCAACCUCUACUCAUUUCAGAAGCUUGUGAAAACCCAAAAGAAAAUAGAUACCACAUGGCCGAAAUACUCUUUGAAAAAUAUAAGGUUCCAUCAAUAUAUAUUGCAUCUCAACCAGUACUUUCGCUCUACUCAACUGGUAAAUCAAGUGGACUUGUUGUGGAGAUUGGACAUGGAGUUUCUCAAACAGUGCCAAUCUUUGAAGGAUUCCCACUCUACCACGCUAUUGUCAAAUCAGAAUUUGGUGGUCUUGACAUUACCAACUAUUUGAGACAAUUGCUCGAGAAGAAUAAGCGAUAUGAAGAGCUGAUCAAUUACAAUACUAUUGCUGGAUAUAAGAUUUUAACAGAAAUGAAAGAAAAACUAUGUUACAUUUCACAAAACAUUGCCGAGGAGCAGUACAACGUAGGCCUCUCUGAAUAUGUUCUUCCAGAUAGAAAGGUUAUUCAAAUAACUCAUGAAGCUUACAAAUGCCCUGAAGCUCUCUUUUACCCAAAACUGGCUGGAAAAACAAACAUGUUUGGUGUUCAUGAGGCUCUUUUCCAUGUCUAUGACAAAUCGGAUGAUUACAUCAAACAAAUACUGAUGGACAAUAUAGUUCUGGCUGGAGGUUCAACUAUGUUUACUGGAUUUAAGGAACGCUUAAUUGCUGAAUUCUCAAGAAUACUCACCGAAAAGACAGGAAGCUCAAGAAUUACCGAUAAGAAUGUCCGAGCAGAAAAUGACAGAGUUUUUGGAUCAUGGAUUGGUGGCUCAAUACUUGCCUCUCUACCAACGGUUCAAAACUUGUGGAUAACAAGACAGGAAUAUGACGAGCAUCAUGAUGCUAUUUUCAGUAGAUGUUAUGGUUAA